AUGAAUGGUCUUGUUGUAUCACCGUUCAUCGCAGCCUUGCCAAAGGUCGAGCUACACGUCCACAUCGAGGGCACCCUUCAACCAGCCAUGCGAUGGCUCCUUGCCCAACGAAACAACAUCCCCCUGAAAUGGAGGGAUCAGGAAUACAAAACAUACGAGGAACUCGUUGAGUCGUACAACGUCACCUACAACCACCGCCCUGAGAUGGGCGGCCGCAAGGAUGUGCCAACCUUCCUCGAGGCCUACUUUGCCGGGUGCGAGGUUCUCUUGAAGGAGCAAGACUUUUAUGACAUGGCUAUGGACUAUCUCAAGAGGUGCAAGGCCAUGAAUGUUCGCUACGUGGAGCCCUUCUUUGACAUUCAGGCUCACACUCGGCGAGGUGUCGACGCCGAGGCUGUCCUCAAUGGCUACUUGCGCGCCCAGCGGGAUGGAGCAGACACGUACGGCGUGCGGUCCAGCUGGAUCUUCUGCUUCAUUCGCGACGAGCCGGUAGAAGACGGCGAAGCAGCGUAUCGAACUGCCAUGCCGUGGGCCAAGAGUGGUCAUGGGCUCUUUCACGCCGUUGGUCUCGCAAGCAACGCCUACGAGCGUCCACCGAUUCUAUUCAGAGAUGCCUUCAAGCAGGCCCAAGCAGAUGGGCUGCGCAUCACUACGCAUUGUGAUUUCGGGCAGAAGGACACCCACGAGCACAUCCGCCAGGCAAUAUUCGAAAUUGGUAUAGAGCGCAUUGAUCAUGGGCUUGAUGCUCUUGAUAAGGAUGAGCUCAUCGACGGUUUGUUGGAGAAGGGUAUCGGUCUGACUCUUUGUCCACAUGCCUACCACCGAAGGACAGCGACUGACGUCCUGUUCCCCAAGCUGCGACAGUUGUUGAACAAGGGUGUCAAGUUUUGCAUCAACAGCGACGAUCCUGUGUAUAUGCAUGAUGUAUGGAUCGAUGGUAACAUGGAGAAGGCAUACCACUAUGGUGGACUGUCGGAGGCCGAGAUGGUACAGCUGGCGAGAAACGCUGUGGACAUGUGUUGGGCAGAUGAGGAUGUAAAAAAGAGCAUGUAUGCAGAAUUACAAGCCUUUGACAUAGCUCGCUCAACUCAAAACGAGACAAUCAAAGCGCCUUAG